GCGUCAGCGACUGGCACACGUGUGCUCUGUUGACUGUCAAAGUCUCAAGGUGCCGAGUGUCCGGAAGCUCCGAGUUCGGACCGAAGUUCUGCCCGCCACCCUGCAGAUUCCCCGGCCCGCCGGUGAGUCCCGAACCAUGAGCGCCGCGGGCGUCCUGUCCUUUGCCCAGCAAGGCUGGGAGCAGGUGCUGGCCAAAGUGAAGUGGUCCGUGGUCUACCUGGACGCCGCCUGCGCCGAGAGCCUGCACUGGAGCUGCGGAUCGAGCAGGCUCCUGGAGGCGGUGCAGGGCCCUGCGUGCUCCCUGAGGGAAUUCGAACCCGGGGCCAUCGGCGGUGGAGCCCAGCAGCCCCGGGCGGUGUUCGUGUUGAGCUGUCUGCUGAAAGGCCGGACGGUAGACACUCUCCGAGACAUCGUUCGCCGCAGUCACUUUCAGUACUGUGUGGUGGUCACGGCCGUGAGUCACGCCGUCCACCUCACUGCUAACCACGUACCAGCGGCCGCAGCGGCCGAACUGGAGGGGCAGCAGCCGGUGUUCGAACAGCUGGAGGAGAAGUUAUGUGAGUGGAUGGGCAACGUGAACUAUACAGCCGAGGUGUUGCACGUCCCUCUGUUGCUUGCUCCUGCUGCUCCCCACCUUGCCAUCACUCCCGCCUUUGCUACCCUUUUCCCACUGCUACCUCGGGAUGUGCAUCUCCUUAAUAGUGCCAGACAGGAUAAGAGGAGGCUGAGCAGCUUGGGGGAAGUGGAUGCCGCUGCCCUGACCCCCGAGCUGCUGCUGCACAUUAGAUGCCUGGUGUCAGGCCUCAGUUCGCUGUGUGAGCAUCUAGGGGUACGAGAGGAGUGUUUCGCUGUGGGGUCCCUCAGUCGGGUCAUCGCUACGGAUCUGGCAAAUUAUGCCCCUGCCAAGAACAGGAAGAAGACCGCCACCGGCAGGGCUUCGGUGGUCUUUGUGGAUCGAACUCUGGAUCUCACAGGAGCGGUUGGACAUCAUGGAGACAACUUAGUAGAGAAGAUCAUUUCAGUGCUUCCACAGCUUCCAGGCCACACCAACGAUGUGAUGGUCAACAUGGCAGAGCUCACCGCUGUCCAGGCCAUGGAGGAAAAUCACAGCGUGAUUGCACCAGGCUGCCUUGCACAAUCCAAGCUAGCUGGCAGACAGUCUUCUGGGAUUCUUUUGUCUCUGCUUCCCACCUUGCCACAGGAACACCAGGAUUACAGUGACGCCUCAGCCAAGGCCCUGUGGGAAGCCUUACUGAACACCAAGCAUAAAGAGGCAGUGAUGGAAGUUCGGAGACAUCUAGUGGAAGCGGCCAGCAGAGAAAACCUGCCCAUCAAGAUGAGUAUGGGGAGAGUCACACCAGGGCAGCUCAUGUCCUAUAUUCAACUCUUCAAGAACAACCUCAAAGCUCUUACAAAUCAUUGUGGGCUCCUACAGCUUGGGAUGGCCACAGUUCAAACUCUGAAGCACCCACAGACUUCCAAGUGGGAUAACUUUCUGGCAUUUGAAAGGCUUCUUCUACAGAGCCUUGGCGAUUCAACCAUGGCUGUUGUGCUUAAUCAGGUGCUGCCUAUGAUUAAGUCCCCAAGCCAGAGAACCAGUGAGGACUCCAGCCCUGAGGAGCUUCUCAUCCUCCUCAUUUACAUCUACUCUGUCGCUGGGGAGCUCACCCUGGACGGUGACCUGAGAGAGGCUGAAGAGAGCGUGAAGACAGCACUGGCCCAUGUCUUCUCUGAGGAGUCCCAGUUGUCACCGUUGCUGCAGAAGAUCACAGGCUGUGACUCUGCAAUUAACCUGACAUUUCCCAAAUCCCAAAACGCUGUGAAUGAUGUCUUCACGUCUCUCCAGGAGAUUGCCAGAGCUAGGACUCUCAUGAGACAGUUUAAGUCUGUGUAUGUUCCUGGAAAUCAUACCCAUCAGGCAUCCUACAAACCAUUGUUGAAGCAGGUUGUGGAGGAAAUAUUUAAUCCUGAGAAGCCAGAUCCCAUUGACAUUGAACAUACAUCCUCAGGCCUUACUGAUCUCCUUAAAACCGGAUUCAGCAUGUUCAUGAAGGUGAGCCGGCCCCAUCCCAGUGACCAUCCCCUCUUGAUCCUCUUUGUGGUGGGCGGCGUCACAGUCUCUGAAGCCAAAAUGGUCAAAGACCUCGUAGCAUCUCUGAAGCCGGGAACCCAGGUGAUGGUGCUGUCCACAAGACUCCUGAAGCCACUUAACAUUCCUGAGCUGCUCUUUGCCACUGACCGGCUGCACCCAGACCUUGGCUUCUGACAUCUAAGAGAAGAUAAGACCGGUUUGAGCUGGAAAUACCAAUACCCAGCUGUCACCAUUCCAGAUAUGCCUCCAAAGCCAGUGUCCCUGUCACUAAUGAUAGGUAUGACUUCAUUCUGCCAGAGAGGACCUCAUGGCCAGCAGAAGACGGUGUGUUUGGACUGCUCCUGUUCUUCAAAAGCAAAAUAAAGACUUGCGUGUUCGUUCUCUUCUAUAGGUGUCAAGCUGUCUCUAGCUGACUUCACCUCAGUCCCUCUGAUUUAUCUUCACCCCUUACUGUAGUUCUUUCAGGAGCCGCCUGCAAGUCUCUUAGCCCUGGAUAAAAGUCUGCCUGCAAGUGGUGGCAGAGACAAGCAUUACAGUUCAAAGUUAAAAGUCAAGGAAGGUUAAAUGUCCUUAGAAUUCCCUGCUUGAGGAAAGCUAGAUUGUCCUUGUGAUUAUGUAAGUGAAAAAGGGAUGUCACAGACAGAGCCUGAGACUUUGUUUCUCUCUGACUCCAAAACAUUUCUGAAAGACAAGAAAGGAAGGGUAGACCCGCCUGGGCAGCACUAGCCUGGUGGCCUCCGUGAAUGGUAAAUCACCCCAAGAGUAACAAAGGGCUGCUUUGUUCCGGCUGGUUCAAGGAUCAGGGCAGACCCACUACUUGGAGCAGUAGUGGGAGAGAGGAAGAGAGGGUGCCGGAGGGCUGUCCUUGCUGCACAUGGUUUCUCUGGCCCAGAGGAAGCCUGUGUGGAAGAGGCUCCCUCCCAAGGAGUCUAGAUUGGAAACACAACUCCCACAUGGCCUUUGUGAUUUCAAAUUCCUACUGAAAGCGAAAGCCUCCUUCUGGGAUUUUAUAUUUUCUUUCUGGUCAUAGCAGAAAAACCCAGACGCAUCUAGUGAAAUUAUAUGAGAACUCUAGGGAAAAAGGGAAGAAAGAACUACUUGGAACCCAGACACCGCUCACGGGGACAUGGCCGGUGGGAGCUCCUGGCGUGAGUAAUGGAUGUCUGGAAUGAGACAACGCCAAAAAACAGUUUCUCGUGUGGAUUAAGAAGGAAGACAAAAUAAAAUGUAAACCAAGACAUGGCUAUACUUUUACUUCUCUGUUAAAUGCUGUCCUUUUAAGCAAAUAGAAAAAAAAGAACUGCGAAUUUAGAAUCAUUUUGAGGUGAAUGAUGCUGACUUAUUAAACAACAUGUUCAUUUUCCACCCAAGUGUGCGUCCUGCCUUCCCUGCUCUUUGAUGGUGUUCAGCUAUAAGGCGGCUCUUCUUAAAUCCCGCUCAGCUAAAAGUCUGUCAUUUGAAUGAGGAAAAAAAAAAUGGCGUUCACCUCAGAGAAAUUCUAUGUAUGCAGGGACAAGUGCUUUCUAAAAUAAAGAAAUUUAAAGUAACCUGC